GGAGCCAGAGAAAUGUCCUCAGUGAACCGCAUCACUUCCUUCCUGGGACCAUCAGCGAACCUCCCCAGUCGUUCAAGACAGGUUCUGCCCUGAAAGGUCAGCCGUGCGGUGGAAAUCCCAGGCAAAAGUUAGCAGCCGGGGCAGAGCAUCUCCUUCCCGGCGCUCUCGGCCAUUUCUUUCCUCCUCGACCCCCGGGGAGGUGGACGGGGUGGAAAGCUCCCGGAGAAAGAGAGCCGCGGAAAGCCUUUGCCUCUGCAGCAAGACGCUGGAGGCGGCCGGCGCAUCUCCAGGAGGAUCCUGAGUUCAUUUAAGGAGACAGUCUUAAAGCAAGAGAAGAAAAAGAAGUGGCUGGACCUCUGGGAGACUAACUCCAGGACUGCUGUGAGUGCCUGGGACUCGGCAAUCGUCUGUCACUUGAAAGAACUGGAGAAUUUCAAGUAUGCUUUCUGGAGUGGUCUAGGGCCGCAGCAGCGGUUCCACUCUUAGGGGCAGCCAUGGCCGCCUCCAGGGCCGCCUCGCGGGCCCCUCGGGACAUCGCCAACGUGAUGCAAAGGCUGCAAGAUGAGCAAGAGAUAGUACAAAAACGUACUUUCACAAAAUGGAUCAACUCUCAUCUGGCCAAGCGGAAACCCCCAAUGGUGGUAGAUGAUCUUUUUGAAGACAUGAAAGAUGGCGUGAAGCUACUUGCCCUACUGGAAGUCCUGUCUGGGCAGAAACUGCCGUGUGAACAAGGACGCCGGAUGAAGCGAAUUCAUGCUGUGGCGAACAUUGGCACAGCACUGAAGUUCCUUGAAGGGAGGAAGUCCAUGUACAGAGGAUCACCGAUUAAACUAGUCAACAUUAACUCCACUGAUAUAGCUGAUGGUCGACCCUCCAUUGUUCUGGGAUUGAUGUGGACCAUUAUCCUGUAUUUCCAGAUCGAGGAGUUGACCAGCAACCUGCCUCAGCUGCAGGCUCUGUCCAGCAGCACGUCCUCCGUGGACAGCAUGGUCAGCUCUGAGACCGCCAGCCCCCCGAGCAAACGGAAGGUGGCCACCAAGAUCCAAGGAAACGCUAAGAAGGCGCUACUGAAGUGGGUCCAGUACACAGUCACCCAGCAGAGUGGAAUAGAAGUAAAAGACUUCGGCCGGAGUUGGAGAAGUGGUGUGGCCUUUCAUUCUGUCAUCCACGCUAUUCGGCCGGAACUGGUGGACUUGGAGAAGGUGAAAGGAAGGCCUAACCGAGAAAACCUGGAGGAGGCUUUCUCCAUUGCAGAAACAGAACUGGGGAUCCCACGGCUCCUGGACCCUGAAGAUGUUGAUGUGGAUAAACCAGAUGAGAAGUCUAUUAUGACCUAUGUAGCCCAGUUUCUGAAGCAGUAUCCUGACAUCCACAGUACAGGCUCUGAUGGGCAAGAGAAUGAUGAAAUACUUCCAAGUUUCCCAUCUUUUACAAAUUCUAUCCAAAUUCUUAAGAGAGAAGACAGGCUAAUUUUGAAGGAGAUGAAAGUUUGGAUAGAACAAUUUGAAAGAGAUUUGACAAGGACACAGGUGACAGAUUCAAGUUUGCAGGAUAAAUACCAGUCAUUUAAGCACUUCAGAGUUCAAUAUGAAAUGAAGAGGAAACAGAUUGAACACUUAUUACAACCAUUACAUAGAGAUGGUAAAUUGUCACUUGACCAAGCAUUGGUCAAACAGGCCUGGGAUAGAGUGUCCUCCAGGCUCUUCGAUUGGCAUAUACAGCUUGAUAAGUCUCUUCCUGCACCUCUGGGCACCAUAGGGGCCUGGUUAUAUAGAGCAGAAGUGGCCCUAAGAGAGGAAAUAACCGUUCAGCAGGUUCACGAGGAAACAGCCAACACAAUACACCGGAAACGUGAGCAACACAAGGAUCUGCUUCAAAACACAGAUGCCCACAAAAGAGCAUUCCAUGAAAUCUACCGAACCAGGUCUGUGAACGGGAUCCCAGUGCCACCUGAUCAAUUAGAGGACAUGGCCGAGAGGUUUCAUUUUGUUUCCUCCACAUCAGAGCUACACUUAAUGAAAAUGGAAUUUCUAGAAUUAAAGUACCGUCUGCUCUCACUGCUGGUUCUUGCAGAGUCAAAGCUGAAGUCUUGGAUCAUCAAGUACGGGGGGAGAGAUUCAGUGGAGCUCCUUCUACAAAACUACAUCUCUUUUAUAGAAAAUAGCAAGUUCUUUGAACAAUAUGAAGUGACAUACCAGAUCUUGAAACAGACAGCUGAGAUGUAUGUCAAAGCUGAUGGUUCAGUGGAAGAAGCUGAGAAUGUGAUGAAAUUCAUGAAUGAAACCACUGCGCAGUGGAGGAACCUCUCGGUGGAAGUCAGGAGCGUGCGGAGCAUGCUGGAGGAAGUCAUCGCCAACUGGGACCGAUACGGCAAUACCGUGGCUAGUCUUCAGGCUUGGCUCGAGGACGCUGAGAAAAUGCUCAAUCAGUCAGAACAUGCUAAAAAGGAUUUUUUCCGAAAUUUGCCUCAUUGGAUACAGCAGCACACUGCCAUGAAUGAUGCUGGCAAUUUUUUAAUCGAAACGUGUGAUGAGAUGGUUUCCCGUGACCUCAAACAGCAGUUACUGUUGCUAAAUGGGCGAUGGAGAGAGUUGUUUAUGGAAGUCAAGCAAUAUGCUCGAGCUGAUGAGUUGGACAGAAUGAAGAAAGAAUACAAUGAUUGUGUUACUGUCUUGUCUGAUUUUGCAACUGGAGCCCAUAGGAAACUUUCAGAGCCCUUAGAAGUCUCUUUUAUUAAUGUCAAGUUAUUAAUUCAAGACUUGGAGGAUAUUGAGCAGAGGAUGCCUGUGAUGGAUGCUCAGUAUAAGAUGAUUACAAAGACAGCGCACCUCAUUACCAAAGAGAUCUCCCAAGAAGAAGCUAAUGAAAUGUUCGCAAACAUGUCUGGGCUCAAAGAGCAGCUAACCAAGGUCAAAGACUGUUACUCCCCACUCCUUUCUGAGUCUCAGCAGCUGUUGGUACCGUUGGAGGAAUUAGAAAAGCAGAUGACGGCCUUUUAUGACUCACUUGGGAAAAUUGAUGAAAUUAUGACAGUUCUUGAACAUGAGGCACAAUCUAGUCCUCUUUUUAAACAGAAACAUCAGGAACUAUUAGCUUGUCAAGAAAGCUGUAAGAAAGCCAUGACUCAAAUUGAGAAAGGCAGUCAGAGUGUUCAGAAGUUUGUGACCUUGAGCAACGUGUUAAAGCAUUUUGAUCAGACGAAGCUACAGAGAAAGAUUGCAGAUAUGCAUGUUGCUUUUCAGAAUAUGGUAAAGAAAACUGGAGAUUGGAAGAAACAUGUGGAAACCAACAGCCGCUUGAUGAAGAAGUUUGAGGAGUCGCGAGCAGAGUUGGAGAAGGUGCUGAGGGUCGCUCAGGAGGGCCUGGAGGAAAAGGGGGACCCAGAAGACCUGCUGAAGAGACAUACUGAGUUUUUCAGCCAGCUGGACCAGAGGGUGCUCAAUGCUUUCCUGAAAGCCUGUGACGAGCUCACUGACAUUCUCCCCGAGCAGGAGCAGCAGGGCCUGCAGGAAGCCGUCAGAAAGCUCCACAAACAGUGGAAGGAUCUUCAAGCAGAAGCUCCAUAUCAUUUGCUUCAUCUGAAGAUUGAGGUGGAGAAGAACAGGUUCUUAGCUUCUGUGGAAGAGUGCAGAGCUGAGCUGGACCGAGAGACCAAGCUGGUACCCCAGGAAGGCAGCGAAAAGGUCAUCAAAGAGCAUCGGAUCUUCUUCAGUGACAAGGGCCCUCACCACCUCUGUGAGAAAAGGUUACAGCUCAUUGAAGAACUGUGUCUGAAACUUCCAGUCCGGGACACAGUCCGGAACACACCGGAGACCUGUCACGUGACCCUCAAGGAGCUCAGAGCUGCUAUUGACUGCACCUACGCGAAGCUGGUGGGAGACCCAGACAAGUGGAGGGACUACACGAGCAGAAUUUCUGAGUUCUCCUCUUGGAUAUCUGCAAAGGAGACCCAGUUAAAGGGGAUCAAGAAUGAGACCAUUGAUACUGCUAAUCAAGGAGAAGUUAAAUGUGCUGUGGAGGAGAUAAGAAGUGGUAUUACCAAAAAAGGGGAGACUCUCAGCUGGCUGAAAUCCAGGCUUAAAAUUCUGAUUGAAGUUUCUCCUGAGGAUGAAGCCCAAAAGCAAGGAGAUGAGCUGGCAAAAUUAUCUAGUUCUUUCAAGGCUCUCGGGACUUUGUUGUCAGAGGUUGAAAAGAUGUUAAGCAACUUUGGAGACUGUGUCCAGUACAAAGAAAUAGUCAAAAGUUCCCUGGAAGAGUUAAUCACUGGCUCUAAAGAAGUCCAGGAAGAAGCUGAGAAGAUCUUGGACACUGAAAAUUUGUUUGAAGCACAACAACUACUCCUUCAUCACCAGCAAAAGACAAAGAGGAUCAAUGCAAAGAAGAAGGACGUGCAGCAGCAGAUCGCGCAGGCUCAGCAGGGAGAAGGUGGGCUGCCUGGGCGAGUCCAAGAAGAGCUGCGGAAGCUGGAGAGCACCCUGGACAAUGUGGAGCACAGUCGGGAGAAACAGGAGCGCCGCAUCCAGGUCACAUUAAGAAAAUGGGAGAGAUUUGAAACAAACAAAGAGACAGUGGUCAGAUACCUUUUUCAAACAGGUUCCAGCCAUGAGCGCUUCUUGAGUUUUAGCAGUUUGGAAAGCUUAUCUUCAGAAUUGGAACAGACAAAGGAGUUUUCUAAACGAACAGAAGGUAUUGCAGUCCAGGCUGAGAAUCUUGUAAAGGAAGCUUCAGAGAUCCCACUUGGGCCCAAGAAUAAGCAGCUGCUUCAGCAGCAGGCCAAGUCAAUCAAGGAGCAAGUUAAAAAAUUAGAAGACACCCUUGAAGAAGAUAUUAAAACCAUGGAAAUGGUGAAAAACAAGUGGGAUCAUUUUGGCACUAACUUUGAGACCCUGUCCGUCUGGAUAACUGAGAAAGAAAAAGAACUCAAUGCCUUGGAGACGUCAUCAUCUGCCAUGGACACACAAAUCAACCAAAUUAAGGUCAUGAUUAAGGAAAUAGAAAGUAAGGUCAGCAGCAUUACAGGACUAGAAGAAGAAGCUCAGUCUUUUGCUCAGUUUAUUACCACUGGAGAAUCUGCUCGCAUCAAAGCCAAGUUAACCCAAAUAAGAAGAUACUGGGAAGAGCUCCGAGAACAUGCACAGAGUCUGCAAGGAAUAAUCGUGGGACAUUUAGCUCAGCAGAAGAAGUUUGAGGAGAAUCUUAAAAAGAUCCAGCAGUCUGUGUCUGAAUUUGAAGAUAAACUUGCUGAUCCAGUUAAAAUAUGUUCUUCAGCUACAGAAACAUACAAAGUUCUCCAAGAACAUAUGGAUCUCUGUCAGGCCCUGGAAUCACUGACCAGCACGGUGGCCGCCCUAUCAGCCAGCGCCCGGAAGGUAUCCAACAGAGACUCCUCCAUCCAGGAGGCUGCAACCGUGCAACAGAGCUAUGAGGGUUUGCUGGGUCGGGCGAAGGAGAGACAGAGAGAGCUGGAGAAGCUGCUGGCCUGCUGGCAGAGGCUAGAGAAAGAACUGUCGGCCUUUUUGACUUGGUUAGAGCGGUGUGAAGCUAUAGCCAGUUCACCAGAAGCCGACAUUUCUGCUGACAGAGUCAAGUUGGAGAGUGAACUCCAGUCAAUACAGGUGCUGCAAAAUGAAGUUGUGGCCCAGGCUUCCAUCUACAGCAACCUAUUGCAGCUAAAGGAAUCCCUCUUCUCAGUGGCCUCCAGAGAUGAUGUGAAAAUGAUGAAACUACAAUUGGAACAUUUGGAUGAGAGAUGGAGAGAUUUGCCCCAGAUAAUUAGCAAAAGGAUUAACUUCCUUCAGUCUGUGGUCGCCGAACACCAGCAAUUUGAUGAACUGCUGCUUUCCUUUUCUGUCUGGAUUAAGCUGUUCCUCAGUGAGUUACAAACUACUUCUGAGAUAAGUGUAAUGGACCAUCAAGCAGCUCUUACACGGCACAAGGACCAUGCGGUGGAAGUAGAGAGCAAAAAGGGAGAACUGCAGAGUCUGCAGGGUCACCUGGCGAAGCUGGGUGCCCUGGGCCGCGCCGAGGACCUUCACCUCCUCCAGGGCAAGGCGGAGGACUGCUUGCAGCUGUUUGAGGAGGCCAGCCAGGUCGUGGAGAGGCGGCAGCGUGCCCUGUGCCAGCUGGCCCAAUUCCUACAGAGCCACGCCUCUCUGUCCCAGAGUCUCCACCACCUGAGGCAAACAGUGGAAGCGACCCACAGUAUGAAUAAGCAACAGUCCGACUUAUUAGAAAGGGACCUAAACGAUGCUAUUCGAAAUGUGAAAACACUAGAAUCUGCUGCCAUCAGUCUCGACGGCCUUCUUACCAAAGCCCAGUACCAUCUCAAGAGCGGAGGUUCUGAGCAGAGAACGUCCUGCAGAGCCACCGCAGAUGACCUCAGCGUGGAAUUAGAGAGGAUCCAGAACCUUCUGGGAACCAAGCAGAGUGAGGCGGAUGCCCUGGCGGUAUUGAAGAAGGCCUUCCGAGAUCAGAAAGAGGAGUUGCUGAAAAGCAUCGAGGACAUUGAAGAAAGGACUGACAAAGAGCGGUUGAAAGAUCUAACCCGACAAGCACUUCAACAGAGGUUGAGAGUCUUCAAUCAGUUAGAAGAUGAAUUGAAUUCUCAUGAGCAUGAAUUAUGUUGGUUGAAAGAUAAAGCCAAGCAAAUUGCUCAGAAAGAUGUAGCCUUUGCACCUGAGGUUGACAAGGAGAUUAACCGCUUAGAGGUCACCUGGGAUGAUACCAAAAAACUAAUUCAUGAAAACCAGGGUCAAUGCUGUGGACUUAUUGAUUUAAUAAGAGAGUAUCAGAAUUUGAAGUCAGCCAUAACAAAAGUCCUAGAAAAUGCCAGCAAUGUGAUUACAACCAGAACUACUGUAAAAGAUCAGGAAGACCUUAAGUGGGCUUUAUCAAAGCAUGAAGCUGCCAAGAACGAAAUGUGUAAUAAACAGAAAGAUUUGGAUAACUUUACCAGUAAAGGAAAACAGUUGCUGUCUGAGCUGAAAAAAAUCCACAGUGGUGAUUUCAUCAUGGUGAAAACAGACAUGGAAAGCACAGUGGACAAAUGGCUAGAUAUAUCAGAGAAGAUUGAGGAGAAUAUGGACAGGUUGAGGGUAAGCCUGUCUAUCUGGGAUGAUGUACUUUCAAGUAAAAAUGAGAUCGACGGGUGGUCAAACCAUUAUGUUCCACAGCUGACUGAAAGCAUCAGCAACCUGAAUGACAGCCUUAGAGCAGAAGAAUUCCUGAAAGAAUUUGAGUCUGAAGUUAAAAAGAAAGCAUUGAGAUUAGAAGAACUUCGUUCCAAAGUUAUUGAUCUUAAAGAAUUAACUAAAAAUCCAGAAACACCUCCAGACCUUCAGUUUAUAGAAGCUGACUUACGGCAGAAACUGGAGCAUGCCAAAGAAAUUACUGAAGAAGCAAAAGGAACCUUGAAAGAGUUCACUGCUCAGAGUGCACAAGUGGAGAAGUUUAUUAAUGACACGGCAAGCUGGCUGACAAAAUUAGAAGAAUCAUUGAUGAACUGUGCCCAAACUGAGACUUGGGAAGGGUUGAAAAAAGUGAAGGACAUACAAAAAGAACUUCAGAGUCAGCAAAGCAACAUCAGUGCGACCCAGGAAAAUCUCAAUAGCUUGUGUCGCAAGUACCACUCAGUAGAGCUGGGGAGCCUGGGCAGUGCGAUGACGGGGCUGAUAAAGAGACACGAGGCCGUGAGCCAGUCCUGCGCCAAGACACAGGCCAGCCUUCAGGAUUCUCUGGAAAAACACUUCAAUGAGUCUAUGCAGGAAUUCCAAGAAUGGUUUUCCGGAAUAAAGGCAGCAGCAAAGAAAUCAUCAGAUAGAACUGGGGACAGCAAGGUUCUGGAGGCAAAACUCCAUGAUCUUCAGAACAUUUUGGACUCAGUCGGUGAUGGGCAGAGCAAGCUUGAUGCGGUGACCCGAGAAGGACAAACUUUGUAUGCACAUUUGUCUAAACAAAUUGUCAGUAGCAUUCAGGAACAAGUUACAAAAGCUAAUGAAGAGUUUCAAGCAUUUCUGAAACAGUGCCUUAAAGACAAACAGGCGCUACAAGACUGUGCUUUGGAACUUGGGAGCUUUGAAGAUCAGCACAGAAAACUGAGCUUAUGGAUCCAUGAAAUGGAAGAAAGAUUAAGUACAGAAAACUUAGGAGAGAGUAAGCAACACAUUCCUGAGAAGAAAAAUGAAGUCCAUAAAAUUGAAAUGUUUCUGGGAGAACUAUUGGCUGCAAGAGAGUCUCUGGACAAGCUGUCCCAGAGAGGGCAGCUGCUCAGUGAAGAAGGCCACGGCGCUGGGAAAGAAAGCCGCCUGUGUUCCCAGCUCCUCACGAGCUAUCAGAACUUACUCCGGAUGACCAAGGAGAAGCUCCGCGGCUGCCAGGUGGCCCUGCAGGAGCACGAGGCGCUGGAGGAGGCGCUACAGAGCAUGUGGUCCUGGGUGAAGGACGCGCAGGACAGACUGGCCGGCGCGGAGAGCACUGUGGGGAGCAAAGCCGCCUUGGAGAGACGGCUGCUGCAAAUGCAGGAACUUCUCCUGAUGAAAGGUGAAGGGGAAGUUAAGUUGAACAUGGCCAUUGGCAAAGGGGAACAGGCCUUGAGAAGUAGCAACAAGGACGGUCAGAAGGUGAUCCAGACUCAGCUACAGACCCUUAAAGACGUGUGGGCUAGCAUCAUGGGCUCCUCCGUGCAUGCCCAGAGCACUUUAGAGUCUGUGAUUAGCCAGUGGAAUGACUAUCUAGAGUGGAAAAACCAGUUGGAGCAGUGGAUGGAAUCAGUGGAUCAAAAAGUAGAACAUCCCUUGCAACUACAGCCUGGUCUGAAAGAGAAGUUUUCCCUCCUGGAUCACUUUCAGUCCAUUGUAUCGGAGGCAGAAGAUCAUGUUGGAGCCCUGCAGCGACUCACUGCAAAGGCCAGGGAGCUCUACCAGAAGACUGAGGAUGAGACUUUCAAGGAUACGGCUCAAGAGGAACUGAAAACACAGUUUAAUGACAUACUGACCGUUUCCAAGGAGAAAAUGAGGAAAGUAGAAGAGAUUGUGAAAGACCAUCUCAUGUAUUUAGAUGCAGUCCAAGAAUUCAUGGAUUGGCUCCAUUCAGCAAAGGAAGAACUUCAUCGGUGGUCAGAUAUGUCAGGAGAUUCACCAGCCACCCAGAAAAAAUUAUCUAAAAUUAAGGAGCUGAUGGAUUCCAGAGAGAUUGGUGCACGCCGCCUAAGCAGAGUGGAGUCUCUGGCCCCAGCCGUGAAACAGAACACGACUGCCAGUGGCUGUGAGCUCUUGGACACGGAGAUGCAGGCCCUGCGUGCGGACUGGAAGCAGUGGGAAGACAGCGUUUUCCAAACGCAGACCAGCUUGGAGAACCUGGUUAGCCAAAUGGCCCUUUCGGAGCAGGAGUUCUCCGGCCAAGUGGCUAAGCUGGAGCAGGCCCUCGAACAGUUUAGUGCCCUCCUGACAAGCUGGGCUCAGCAGUUAGCCCUCCUGGAAGGCAAGAACACAGAUAAGGAGCUAGUGGAAUGCUGGCAGAAGGGCCGGGAGAUACUGGAUGCUUUACAAAAAGCAGAGCCUCAGACAGAGAAUCUCAAGUCUCAACUGAAUGAGCUUUGUCAAUUUUCCAGAGACCUGAGUACAUACAGCGGAAAAGUUUCUGGCUUGAUUAAAGAGUAUAAUUGUCUUUGUUUGCAAGCUUCCAAGGGCUGUCAGAAUAAAGAACAGAUUUUACAGCAAAGAUUUCUGAGAGCCUUCAAGGAUUUCCAACAGUGGUUGGUUAACGCAAAGAUCACAACUGCUAAGUGCUUUGACAUACCUCAAAAUAUCAAUGAAGUUUCAACGAGUCUUCAGAAAAUACAGGAAUUUUUGUCAGAAAGUGAAAGUGGACAGCACAAGCUGAACAUGAUGCUUUCUAAAGGAGAACUUUUGUGUACUCUGUUGCCCAAAGAGAAAGCUAGUGGCAUCCAGGCCAAAAUGGCAACUGCAAAAGAAGAUUGGAAAAAUUUUCAUUCGAAUCUCCACCAAAAGGAGUCUGCUCUGGAGAAUCUGAAGAUCCAAAUGAAGGACUUUGAAGUAAGCGCUGAGCCUGUGCAGGACUGGCUGAGUAAAACCGAAAAGAUGGUGCAUGAAAGCAGCAAUCGCCUGUAUGAUCUGCCAGCCAAGAGACGAGAACAGCAGAAACUGCAGUCUGUCCUUGAGGAAAUAAACUGCUACGAGCCUCAGCUCCACAGACUGAAAGAGAAAGCUCAGCAGCUGUGGGAGGGCCAGGCGGCCAGCAGGAGCUUUAUGCACCGGGUGUCGCAGCUGUCUUCUCAGUAUCUAGCGCUAAGCAAUGUAACAAAGGAGAAAGUGUCAAGACUGGAUAGGAUUGUUGCGGAACACAGUCAGUUCUCCCUGGGAAUUAAAGACCUGCAGGACUGGAUGACGGACACGGUCCACAUGUUGGACUCUUACUGCCACCCAACCUCUGACAAGAGUGUGCUGGACAGCAGGGUGCUCAAGCUUGAGGCUCUGUUAUCAGUGAAACAGGAAAAAGAGAUCCAGAUGAAGAUGGUGGUGACCAGAGGGGAAUCUGUCCUUCAGCACGCCUCCCCAGAAGGCAUGCCUGCCAUUCAGCUGCAGCUGGCAAGUGUGAAGGAUACGUGGGCCUCCCUUUGGUCUGCAGCAGUUCGCUGUAAAAGUCAACUUGAAGGAGCUCUUUCUAAGUGGACAAGUUACCAGGAUGAUGUUCGACAGUUCUCCAGUUGGAUGGACGGCGUGGAGGCCAGCCUGAACGAGUCCGAGAGGCAGCUCGCGGAACUGCGGGAGAAAACAGCAGCUCUCGGGAAGGCCAAGUUAUUAAACGAGGAAGUGCUGAGUCACGGCAGCUUACUGGAGACCAUUGAAGUCAAGGGGGCUGGCAUGACGGAGCACUACGUCACCCAGUUAGAAUUCCAGGACCUGCAGGAACGAUAUGGCGCCAUCAGAGAGCGGACGAAGGAAGCAGUAACCAAGUCGGAAAAACUAGUUCGCCUGCACCAAGAGUAUCAGAGAGACUUGAAGGCAUUUGAAGCUUGGCUGGAGAAAGAGCAAGAAAAGCUUGAUCGAUACUCAGUUCUUGAAGGUGAUGCACACACUCAUGAGACAGCACUGCGGGACCUUCAGGAGCUCCAGGUACGCUGCGCAGAGGGGCAGGCCCUGUUGAAUUCAGCACUUCACGCCAGGGAGGAGGUGAUACCGUCAGGCAUCCCACAGACAGAGGACCGGGUUCUCGAGUCCCUCCGGCAGGACUGGCAGGCUUACCAGCAGAGGCUGUCGGAGACCCGAACGCAGUUCAAUAAUGUGGUCAACAAACUGAGACUGAUGGAACAAAAGUUUCAGCAAGUAGAUGAGUGGCUGAAAACAACGGAGGAGAAAGUGAAUCUCAGAACUGGACGUCAGUCUAGCCGGGCUGCCAAGGAGAUACAGUUACAUCAGAUGAAGAAGUGGCAUGAAGAAAUCACCGCAUACAGGGAUGAAGUGGAGGAAGUGGGAGCCAGAGCCCAGGAGAUCCUGGACGAGAGGCACGCGAGCCGCCGGAUGGGCUGCCAGGCCACGCAGCUGACGUCCAGAUACCAAGCGCUGCUCCUCCAAGUGUUGGAACAAAUAAAAUUCCUGGAAGAAGAGAUCCAGAGUCUGGAGGAAUCAGAGUUAUCCCUAAGUUCCUGUUCUGAUUGGUACAACUCUACUCAUAAAAACUUCAAGAAUGUGGCCGCCAAAAUUGAUAAAGUAGAUAAAGCGAUGAUGGGGAAGAAAAUGAAGGCGCUGGAGGGUUUGCUAAAAGACAUGGAGAAAGGCCAGAGUUUGCUCAAAUCAGCCCGAGAGAAAGGAGAGAGAGCUCUUAAGUACUUGGAAGAUGAUGAGGCAGAGACUUUAAGAAAAGAAAUCCACGACCACGUGGAGCGGUUGAAGGAACUGACCAGCACUGUGCGGAAGGAGCACAUGACCCUGGAGAAAGGCCUUCAUUUGACGAAGGAAUUCUCGGAUAAAUACAAAGCCCUGACUCAGUGGAUAGCAGAAUACCGAGAUAUCCUACAUGGUCCUGAAGAACCCAAAAUGGAGUUAUAUGAGAAAAAAGCUCAGUUAUCUAAAUACAAGUCUCUUCAACAAACAGUGCUGUCCCAUGAACCAUCAGUAAAAUCGGUAAGAGAGAAAGGCGAAGCCCUCUUGGAGCUGGUGCAAGAUGUUACUUUAAAGGACAAAAUCGAUCAGCUUCAAAGCGAUUACCAGGAUCUCUGCAGGGCAGCAAAGGAGCAUGUCUGCAGUCUUGAGGCGAAAGUCAGAGACCAUGAAGAUUACAACAGUGAGCUCCAGGAAGUGGAAAAGUGGUUGCUGCAAAUGUCGGGGAGGCUGGUGGCGCCCGACCUCAUGGAGACAAGCAGCCUUGAGACGGUUACCCAGCAGCUGGCCCGCCACAAGGCAAUGAUGGAAGAAAUUGCUGGUUUUGAAGACCGUUUGAAUGACCUUAAAACCAAAGGGGACAAUUUGAUCAGCCAAUGUGUAGAUCACCUUCAAGCGAAACUUAAACAAAAUAUACACGCUCACCUGCAGGGCACAAGGGACAGUUACUCAGCCAUCUGCAGUACAGCCCAGAGGGUGUACCAGAGUUUGGAACACGAACUUCAGAAGCACGUUAGUCGACAAGACACCCUUCAGCAGUGCCAGGCCUGGCUUUCUGCCGUUCAGCCGGAUUUAAAGCCAGGCGCGAAUCCCCCUCUUAGCAGGGCAGAAGCUGUCAAGCAGGUCAAACACUUCAGAGCUUUGCAAGAACAAGCAAGGACCUACCUAGAUCUUCUCUGCUCCAUGUGUGACCUGUCAAACUCUUCAGUGAAAACUACUGCAAAAGAUAUUCAACAAACAGAACAAAUGAUCGAACAAAGGCUUGCCCAGGCACAGAACCUAACUCAGGGCUGGGAGGAGAUCAAGCACAUGAAGGCUGAACUCUGGAUUUACCUCCAGGAUGCCGAUCAGCAGCUGCAGAAUAUGAAGAGGAGGCACUCAGAACUGGAGCUAAACAUCGCACAGAACAUGGUAUCUCAAGUAAAGGAUUUUGUUAAGAAGCUACAGUGCAAACAGGCAUCAGUGAACACUAUUACAGAGAAGGUGGAUGAGUUAACCAAGAAGCAAGAGUCCCCUGAACACAAGGAAAUAAGUCAUUUAAAUGACCAGUGGCUGGAUCUGUGCCUUCAGUCCAACAAUCUGUGCUUGCAAAGAGAAGAAGAUCUCCAGAGAACACGAGAUUACCACGACCGUAUGAACGUCGUCGAAGGGUUCUUAGAAAAAUUUACCACAGAAUGGGAUAACUUAGCCAGAUCUGAUGCAGAGAGUACAGCCGCUCACCUGGAAGCUUUGAAAAAGUUGGCCCUGGCAUUGCAGGAGAGAAAGAAGGCCAUUGAAGACCUGAAAGAGCAAAAGCAGAAAAUGAUAGAACAUCUGAAUUUAGAUGACAAAGAACUAGUCAAAGAACAGACGAGUCACCUUGAACAACGCUGGUUUCAACUAGAAGACCUCGUUAAAAGAAAAAUCCAAGUGUCCAUCACCAACCUGGAGGAGCUCAGUGUGGUUCGGUCCAGGUUUCAGGAGCUGAUGGAGUGGGCGGAAGAGCAACAGCCCAACAUCGCCGAGGCCCUGAAGCAGAGCCCCCCGCCUGACAUGGCUCAGAACCUGCUCAUGGAUCACCUUGCCAUUUGCAGUGAACUGGAGGCCAAGCAGAUGCUCCUGAAAUCUCUCACAAAGGAUGCUGACAGGGUGAUGGCUGAUCUUGGCCUCAAUGAGAGGCAGAUAAUCCAGAAGGCACUGUCUGAUGCACAAAGGCACGUGAGUAGUCUCAGCGACUUAGUGGGCCAGAGACGGAAGUACUUAAACAAGGCUUUGUCCGAGAAAACCCAGUUUCUCAUGGCAGUGUUCCAGGCGACCAGCCAGAUUCAGCAACACGAGCGCAAGAUAAUGUUCCGUGAACAUAUCUGCCUGCUACCGGAUGACGUGAGCAAACAGGUGAAAACAUGUAAAAGUGCACAAGCCAGCCUUAAGACUUACCAAAACGAGGUCACUGGACUUUGGGCCCAGGGUCGCGAGUUGAUGAAAGGAGUCACAGAGCAGGAAAAGAGUGAGGUACUGGGGAAGCUCCAGGAAUUGCAGAGCGUCUAUGACAGCGUGCUACAAAAGUGCAGCCAUCGGCUGCAAGAGUUGGAGAAAAAUCUGGUUUCUAGGAAGCAUUUUAAGGAAGACUUUGAUAAAGCCUGUCACUGGCUCAAACAAGCAGAUAUCGUUACCUUUCCUGAGAUCAACCUAAUGAAUGAAACUGCCGAGCUGCACACACAGAUGGCCGAAUACCAACACAUUCUCGAACAGUCUCCGGAAUAUGAAAACCUCCUACUUUCGCUGCAGAGAACUGGACAGGCCAUCCUGCCCACGCUGAAUGAAGUGGACCAUUCCUACCUCAACGAAAAGCUCCACGCGCUGCCCCUGCAGUUUAACGUGAUCAUCGACCUGGCUAAAGACAAGUUCUAUAAAGUCCAAGAGGCGAUGCUGGCUCGGAAAGAAUACGCCUCCUUGAUCGAGUUGACAAGCCAGUCUCUACAUGACCUUGAAGACCAGUUCUCCAGGAUGAGCCACAUCCCCGGCCACCUGAGUGUCGAAGAGGCUCUGUCUCUUCAGGAUGGCUGGCAAGCUCUGGGGGGUGAGGUGGCAGGCCUCGCCAAAGCCGUGGACGAACUGAACCAGAAGAAAGAAAGUUUUCGCAGCACCGGGCAGCCAUGGCAACCAGACAAGAUGCCACAGCUCAUCACCCUGUACCACAGGCUGAAGCGACAGACAGAACAGAGAGUGAGCUUCUUAGAAGACACCACCAGUGCUUACCAGGAACACGAAAGGAUGUGCCACCAGCUAGAGAAACAGCUAGAGAGUGUGAGGAUGGAGCAGUCCAAGGUGAACGAGGAGACGCUGCCCGCGGAGGAGAAGCUCAAAGUGUAUCACUCCCUGGCGGGAAGCCUCCAGAAUUCUGGAAUUCUCCUAAAACGUGUGACCAGGCAUCUCGAAGAUCUCGUUUCGCAUCUCGACCCCGCGGCUUAUGAGAAAGCCAAGCAUCAGCUCCAGGCCUGGCAAGAGGAGUUAAAACUGCUCACCUCUGCCAUUGGCGCGACGGUGACGGAGUGUGAGAGCCGCAUGGUGCAGAGUAGAGACUUCCAGACAGAACUGAGCCGCUCCCUGGACUGGCUGCGGAGCGUGGAGGCGGCCCUGAGCGGACCGCUGUGCCUGGACCCAAACCUGCGGGACAUCCAGGAGGAGAUCAGAAAAGUCCAGAUCCAUCAGGAAGAGGUGCGGUCCAGCCUGAGGAUCAUGAAUGCACUGAGUGACAAGGAGAAGGAGAAAUUCACGAGAGCCAAGGAGCUGAUCUCCGCCGACCUACAGCGCACGCUGGCUGAGCUCUCAGAGCUGGACGGGGCACUGCAGGAAGCGCUCCGCACCAGACAGACUACCUUGACUCAAAUAUACAGUCAGUGUCAAAGGUACUAUCAAGUGUUUCAAGCUGCUAACGACUGGCUUGAGGACGCUCAUGAGAUGUUACAGCUAACAGGCAACGGCCUAGAUGUGGAGAGUGCAGAGGAGAGUCUCAAAAGCCACAGGGAAUUUUUUAGUGCAGAGGAUCAGUUCCACAGCAAUCUGGAGGAGCUCCAAAGCCUGGUAGCCAACCUGGACCCACUCAUCAAGCCGACUGGAAAAGAGGACCUAGCACAGAAAAUGGCCUCCCUGAAAGAGAAGAGCCAGAUGAUAAUACAGGAUUCACAUGCCCAGUUAGAUCUCUUGCAGAGAUGUGCAGCUCAGUGGCAGGACUAUCAGAAAGCAAGGGAAGAGGUUAUAGCAUUGAUGAAUGAAGCUGAAAAGAAAUUGUCUGAGUUUUCUUUAUUGAAGACUUCUUCCAGUCACGAAGCAGAAGAAAAAUUGUCAGAACAUAAGGCUUUAGUGUCAGUAAUAAACUCCUUCCAUGAGAAAAUCGUAGCUUUAGAGGGUGAAGCUUCAGAACUGGAAAGAACCGGAAAUGAUGCAAGCAAAGCAGCCAUAAGCAGGUCAACAACAGCUGUCUGGCAGCGUUGGACGCGUCUCCGCGCUGUGGCCCAGGACCAGGAGAAGUUACUGGAAGAUGCAGUGGAUGAGUGGACGAACUUUAACAAUAAGGUUAAAAAAGCCACUGAAAUGAUUGAUCAGCUGCAAGAUAAAUUACCCGGAAGCUCAGCGGAGAAGGCCUCAAAAGCAGAACUUGUAACAUUUCUUGAAUAUCAUGACACAUUCAUCCUGGAGUUGGAACGGCAACAGUCGGCCUUAGGGAUGCUGCGACAACAAGCGCUGAGCAUGGUCCAGGAUGGAGUCACACCAUCCCCUGGAGGAGAGACACCCACGGUGCAGGAGAUCACAGCCAUGCAGGACCGGUGCCUGAACAUGCAGGAGAAAGUCAAGAAGAAUGGAAAGAUAGUAAAGCAAGAGCUCAAGGAGCGAGAAGUGGUGGAGACGCAAAUCAGUUCAGUAAAAUCUUGGGUUCAGGAAACGAAGGAAUACUUGGGGAAUCCAACCAUAGAAAUAGAUGCUCAACUUGAAGAACUUAAGAUCCUCCUAACAGAAGCCACAAAUCACCGACAGAAUGUUGAAAAAAUGGCUGAAGAACAGAAGAAUAAGUACCUUGGUCUUUCUACUAUAUUACCUUCUGAACUCUCCCUUCAACUAGCUGAAGUGGCCUUGGACUUAGGAGCUAUCCAUGAUCAGAUCCAGGACAAAGUAAAAGAAGUUGAACAGAGCAAGGCCAUGAGUCAGGAAUUCAGCCAGCAAAUUCAGAAGAUAGCCAGAGAUCUCACAACUAUUCUCACCAAGCUGAGAGCAAAGACAGAUAAUUUAGUUCAAGCUAAAACUGACCAAAAGGUGCUAGGAGAGGAAUUAGAUGACUGUCACUUAAAAUUAAUGGAACUGGAUAAUGCAGUGCAAAAAUUCUCCGAACAGAACGGCCAGCUAGGUAAACCACUGGCCAAGAAGAUAGGAAAACUGACUGAACUUCACCAGCAGACCAUUAGACAGGCCGAGAACCAGCUCUCUAAGCUCAACCAGGCAGCAUCCCGUCUAGAAGAAUACAAUGAAAUGCUUGAGUUAAUUUUAAGGUGGAUUGAGAAAACUAAAAUCUUGAUACAUGGAAAGAUUGCAUGGAAUUCUGCAAGCCAGCUUCGAGAACAAUACAUUUCACAUCAGACCAUGCUAGAAGAAUCGGAAGAUAUUCACAAUGAUCUGGAAGCAAUGACCGAGAUAUUACAGUACCUCGAUAGUGUGUACCAUACAGAAACAAUGUCUCAGCAAGUGGCAGACCUGGGGCGGGAGACUGAGGAGCUGCGACAGGUGAUCAAAAUUCGCUUACAGAGUCUCCACGAUGCUGCCAAGGAUAUGAAAAAAUUUGAAGCAGAGCUCAGAAACUUGCAAGUUGCUUUGGAGCAAGCCCAGACGACCCUGACUUCUCCAGAAGUUGGACGUCUAAGUCUCAAGGAGCAGCUCUCCCACCGACAGCAUUUGCUGUCUGAGAUGGAGUCACUCAAACCAAAAGUCCACGCGGUGCAGGUCUGUCAGAGCGCGCUUCGGAUCCCCGAGGACGUGGUCACCAGCCUGCCGCUCUGCCACGCGGCCCUGCACCUGCAGGAGGAGGCCAGCCGGCUCCAGCACACGGCCAUCCAGCAGUGCAACAUCAUGCAGGAGGCUGUGGUGCAGUAUGAACAAUAUGAGCAAGAAAUGCAGCACCUCCAGGAACUCAUAGAAGGAGCUCACAGAGAGAUUGAGGAUAAGCCUGUGGCCACCAGCAACAUCCAAGAACUGCAAGCCCAGAUUUCUCGGCAUGAGGAGCUGGCUCAGAAAAUCAAGGGCUACCAGGAGCAGAUCGCCUCUUUGAACUCCAAGUGCAAGAUGCUGACCAUGAAAGCCAAGCACGCCACCAUGCUGCUGACGGUGACCGAGGUGGAGGGGCUGGCGGAGGGCACGGAGGACUUGGACCGGGAGCUCCUCCCCGCCACCUCGGCCCACCCCUCUGUGGUCAUGAUGACUGCAGGUCGCUGUCACACUUUGCUGUCACCUGUCACUGAGGAGUCUGGGGAGGAGGGAACCAACAGUGAGAUCUCUUCUCCGCCGGCUUGCCGUUCCCCUUCACCUGUGGCUCAUACAGACGCCUCUGUUAACCAGGACAUCGCUUAUUACCAAGCCUUGUCUCCCGAGAGGUUACAGACCGAUGCUGCCAAGCUUCCCCCCAGCACGUUGCCACCCCAAGAGCUGUAUGAACCGGGACUAGAGCCUUCUGCCACUGCAAAGCUGGACGAUUUGCAGCGCUCUUGGGAAACCUUAAAGAACGUGAUCAGCGAGAAGCAGCGCACACUCUAUGAAGCCUUGGAACGCCAGCAGAAGUACCAGGACUCCCUCCAGUCCAUCUCCACGAAAAUGGAGGCCAUCGAGAUGAAACUCAGUGAGAGUCUGGAGCAGAGCAGGAGCAGAACCCAGGCCAGGCAGAUCCAAAAGGGCCUGGCUCAAGUUCUUCUCUAUGAGAAGGGCAGCUUCCAAGCAUCCUGGGUUUUACCCCACUCAUCUCGAGAUGGCUUCCGCACGUCCAGAAAGAGGUCACGACUGCCAUACUGGUUUUGCAUUUUCAAGAGAUGGUUUGAACCCUCGCCCUUCUCCUUGGCCAGUUCACAGAAAAAGAUGGCCCACACCCUCCAGAGCCACAUCCUCAUGGUUGAAAUAGAAACCCAGAAAGAGGGAGGUGUAGGAGACCUGCAGAUGCAUGUUAACCAGGCAGUUGAUGGCGGCCUCCACCUUAGUGGAGUAAUUCUGAUGAAUCUGGGAGCUCAUGGUUGA